AUGCUGUCCCAAUUUCGUAUUAAUGGCUUGAGGGAUGGUUUAUAUAUGGAGAUAACGUCCUGGACUACACUCGGACUGCUGUUGGCAUCCAUAAUUUUCGCGUUCAACGUGGUCCGCACUGUCUAUCGACUCUGGUUUCAUCCUCUGUCCCGGUAUCCAGGGCCCAAGUUGGCCGCGGCAACUCAUCUGUGGUAUGCCUACCAUUGGAUGGGAGGAAGAUAUCCGUUCAGUAUUGAAGAGGCUCACCAGAAAUAUGGAGACGUUGUUCGGAUCGCUCCAAAUGAGCUGUCAUUCAGCACGGCACAGAGUUUCCAAGAUAUAUAUGGUCAUGCCACGUCAAAGGACCACAACACAUUCAUCAAAGGCACCUUCUACGAGCACCCCCAACCAGAACCGGGCAUCGUGGCGGAGCGUGACCCCGAAAAGCACCGGGAAACCCGCAAGCUAUUGUCACAUGGAUUCAGUGCACGGGCUCUUAAGACACAGGAGUCCAUCAUCCAUGAUUAUACAAACCUCUUUGUAUCUCAGCUGAAGAAGCACGGCACCGAAAAUGCUUUGAACAUGCGGGAAUGGUUCAAUUAUUUGAGUUUUGAUAUCAUUGGCGAACUUGCCUUCGCGGAACCUUUUGGAGCUGUCAAGUCUGCCAAAUCGCAUUUCUGGAUUGAUACCAUCCAUGAUGCAGGCAUCCUGGUUUGUUUGUUUGAGAUUGGGCGUCGCCUUCCGCUUCUAUGGCCCGUUCUUCUGUUCGCUCUGCCGGCCAAUAUCAAAAAGAAAUUCGACCUGUUCCUCGAAUACUCGCGGGAUCUGGUCCGUGCUCGGGUCGCCCGCAAAGAUACGGUAACGCGGGAGGAUUUCUUUGCUCGGCUGCUGGCGGACAAAUCGGAGAAUAAAUCUGAAGAGUGGUUGAUGGCACAGGCCAAUGUGCUAGUCAUUGCCGGCUCGGACACGACUGCCACGGCCCUGGCCACCAUCACGUACUAUCUGGCUGCGAACCAAGACAAACUGUGGCAUCUCCAGCAGGAGAUUCGCCGCACCUUUGAAGAUUCGUCCUCCAUUACCAGCGACUCACUUCAGGGUCUGCCGUAUCUCAAUGCUAUCAUCGAAGAAGGACUGCGCAUCUGCCCGCCGACCUCCUUUGGGCUACCCCGGAUUAGCCCCGGUGCAUUGGUAGACGGGCAUAUGGUACCCGCCGGUACAACGGUGUCGACUGCGUCCUGGACCACCGCCCACCGCGAGGACUACUUCCGCAAUGCACGGGACUUUCAUCCGGAACGCUGGCUCGCUACCACGCAGCCACUAGCAGAUGUCCGAUUCAAGGAAGAUAACCAGACGGCGUCGCGGCCAUUUUCGCUGGGGGCACGAGGCUGUCUCGGCGUAAACUUGGCGUACAUGGAAACCCGAAUGACGCUGGCCAAGCUAGCAUGGCAUUUUGAUAUGGACUUGGUGAAUCAAUCCAGCCUGGAUUGGGAGAGAGACUUGAGAUUUGAAGGGUUUUGGAAAUUGCCCACACCCGAGGUGCGAUUCAUCCCAGUGGAGAGGUGA